AUGUCUAGCCCUCCGAAUUCACUAAAAAACGAUUCCCAGGUUGGAAUCUUACCCGCACACAAGUCAUUACAAGCAAUUAACACAGUUGCCGCCGGAAGCUCACCACGCUUUAUUCAGUUGCCUUCACCGGUAUAUGUGGCGUCCUGGAUCUCUACCACACAUGUUCUGAUUGCGGCUGGGGGUGGUGGUAGUCGUUUUGGGAUGGCCAAUGUCCUCGUUCUGCUUUCGAUUCAUCUUAGCAACCAGGAUGCGGUUAGUCCUGAGAUGGGAGACCGUGCUGCGUGUUCAGGGUUAUCAAUGAAGUUAAACGCUGAACAGCACAAGAUGAUCGCGACCGCGGCGCCGCCUAGCUUUUGCACUUCUACUACAUCCACUGGGGCGGGUGUGCACAUCCCACACUUGUGGACGUUCGUCGCUGCGUUAGAUCUUGGUGGCGAUGUCCCCUGGUGUGCCUCGAAAUACCUUCAUUUGGAACGUUCAGAGGUGGAGUGCGGCGCAGCGGAUGAUUCAACGAACCUUUCCACUCGUGAAUGGGCACUGAACGGAAACAAAUGCCUUCAGUGUACGCAUGGCAUCAUCGCUUUGAGCAGCAUCCGGACUUUUAGCCUUAUUGCCGUGGAGCACGUUUCAGGAACGAGUCAAACAGGUGAGUCUAUUAAAACUAGCGAAUCGUUGUGUUGUGCAGCGUAUCGAUUAAGACUUCUGGCGCGUAUUGCAUUACCCAGCGAGACAGGCAACGAAGACAAAAAGCCCAUUGCGAUGGUACGCUACGCCGUUGUGGUAGCUCACGACGAAUGCGGAAUUUAUGCCUAUGACCUGCGUUCCUUGCUACCUCAAGGGGAAAGGGGAAACGACGCAGGGGAACCGGUGGUCCAGGCGAUUCCGAUGGCUCAAUGGACGCUACCGGACCGUGUCAAUGAUCUUCACGCCGAUCGCUUCAAUUGGGUAUUGGUGAGGCCAUUUUCCAAGGCUCUCGCCUUGGACUAUGUGCUUAUUGUUGCCCUAGUCCGGGACAAAACCCUGCGGCUUGGCUCUUUUCGCCAAAAUAGGUGUCUCCCCAUUUUUUACUCAUCAUGCCGUGGACAGGCGCAAUCUGAUGAGAUCGUCUGGGAGAGUGAGGAAGAGGAACCAAGCAAAUCUAAAUUAAGUGUCAUUGGGACUAUUAAGGAAGAGGCAGUGCUUACUGGAGUAGACUGUGGGCUGCAAUUUAACUUGUUUCCCUCUUCCAUGCGUCUUGUACGUUUGUUUGGUUUGGAAACCCUUUCCUUUUCCGCGCAAGAGUGUGCCCUAAAGACACUUGCCUUGAGAGUUACCGAGGAUAGUGCGAAAUUGUUAAGACCCUUGCCACUUGUUUCCCUUAUUAUGGUAGUUUAUGAUCAGCAUCGCAACCAGUCUUUCUUCCUGCAUGCAUACGUGAUGAUAUCGGGCUGCCCAAGUGCACCCUUUUUGGCAAAAGAGACACUCCCAAAAAGCGACGAAAUGCUUCAGGGCAGCGAUCCCAAUGGCAAAGGGGGGAGGGAUCCUUUGAUUCAUUAUCAAAUCCGUAUGGGGGCCGGUGGCCCCUCGCCAAUUGUUAAGGAUGCCAUAACGUGCUUCUCACAAUGUUCUAAUAUGGAUGAGUAUCUCGAGUUUGCCCCAAACCAGACGCAGAUGGACUUGAAAAGUGUUGUGGGUGCUUCCUUUCCGACACAUUGGUUAGCGGGUACCGUCGAAGGAUGGAUUGUGUUGGUAGUGCGGAACCCGAAGAUUCGGCCAGAGGAUUUGAUUGGCGAUAGUUUUGGUGCAGAUCCAUCUUGUACACAUGGGGUGGUGGAAGGUGGCGGAGGCAAGGAUAUUUCUAGUGAAUAUGGUGACACCUCUCCGCCAUUUUUUGUCUUGCGGCAUGCUCGACCGUCUCCUUUGCUGAGUCAGGGUGGGAAGCGUCGGAAUGUUUUCUGCUGGGGAAAUCCAAACGUUCCCCUUCAUUCGGAGCCUGUUACCGCGGUGGCAGUUUCAAAGUUGAACGAUAUUUUAUCAACCGACUUAGCGCAGAAUGUUGUGCUUUCCACAUUACCAAUGCCAAUUCGAGCCGUCAGCAUUGCUAGCCUGCCGAAUCAUCUGGGCUCAAUGGAACUGUUGCCUAAGGUAGAGGACUUGGAGCUAUUUCCCAAGGAGCUAAACCUUCAUGCAGAGCUUCUUGGUGGCCUAGCCACUGUACUUGCCCGUUCCAUGCGCCUUAGGUGGAUACUGUUAGUGUUAACUGUGUUAUGGGGAAUAUUUCUCUUGUUUUAG